UCCGCUCCUUCUCCUUGGCGAUCCAUUUGAUGAUCGUACCACAAUUCGAGCCAGGCACCGUGCAACCUACGGUCUGUCCAGAACUUCCACUCAGGUCUCUAGUUACCUUACCUUACCUGUGUUCAUACAUGCCACCAGGUGGGCAUGUCGCGAAUCUUUGACGACAGCAGGCACUCGCUGAAUUGAACCGGAAUAGCUGUUCACGGCAACUUUCACUAACUUACUUUACAACCGUUGUUUUGCGUUGUUUGAACCGACUCGGAGACUCUCUUGAGAGCAUCAAUCUGUUGUUUGUCCUUCUCGCCCCUACUACCGGUAUUUGCUUCGCCAACCAUACCUCACCUACCUCACUCAUCCCCGGCACAACACGUCUGUGAGGGGAGCUGAACUGGCGGGCGGUGAAGGGAAAACGCAGUGAGCGCCAUGGCUCAGGCAAAGAACCGGAUCGGUGGCCGGACAUACCCCGUCCUCUCGCGGCGCGAGAUUGAGGCCCAGAUCGCCGAGGGAAGGAAACUCAUCAUUGUCGACCAGCAUGUGCUCAAGGUGGACGGCUGGCUCAAGUACCACCCGGGCGGUGACAAGGCCAUUAUGCAUAUGGUAGGGAGGGACGCGACGGAUGAAGUGAAUUGCCUUCACUCCCCAGAGGCCCGCCUCAUGAUGGACAAGUACCGCAUCGGGAGGAUCGAAGGACGCUGGAAGAACUUCCUCCCGCCUAUCCAGGGCGGCAAGUUUCGGCCGCGGCUUAGUGAUGGGGAACAGGAGGAGGAGGAGGAGGAGGAGGAGUAUGACCGAGGGCUGUUUCCGCAGCUGGCUAGGUCAGAGGCCACGGCGUCGUCGAGUGCUUCCGCUUCACGCUCGCCCUCCCCAGUGUUUGACUCCCAUAAGGCUGAGACUGGUUCUGGCCUCCGUAACCGCCUAGCCGCAGGCCAGGGUUCGCCAUCUGCCACGUCCCUCUCGUCGGUCGACGAUGCGGCGCCGGAAGGGCCGAUUGACGGCAUGGCCCACUUGGAUGUGCUGACGCGGAAAGAGAUCAAGCUCGACCUCGCCAAGUACCCGCCCCCAGAUCCGGCCGUGCAAGAUGCCAUCGUGGAGAAGUACCGUCUUCUGCAUGAGCGCAUCAAGGCCGAGGGCCUUUACGACUGCAACUACUGGGCUUAUGCCGUCGAAUCAGCGCGCUAUGUCACCUUUUUCGGCCUGAUGGUUCUUUUCCUUCGGUGGAAAUGGUACGCAGCCAGCGCCUUUUUCCUCGGCGUCUUCUGGCACCAGCUGGUGUUCACGGCCCACGACGCGGCGCACAUGGGCAUCACGCACAACUUCCAGAUCGACUCGCUAAUCGGCGUCUUCAUUGCCGACUUUCUCGGUGGCCUGUCGAUCGGCUGGUGGAAGCGCAACCACAACGUGCACCACAUCGUGACCAACUCGCCCGAGCACGACCCCGACAUUGAGCACAUGCCCUUUUUCGCCAUCUCGCACCGCUUCCUGGGCAGCCUGCGGUCGUCGUACUACGAGCGCGUCAUGGAGUACGACGCGGCCGCAAAGUUCUUCAUCUCGCUGCAGCACCACCUGUACUACAUCGUCCUGCUCUUUGGACGCUUCAACCUGUACCGGCUGUCGUGGGUCUACCUGAUCAUGGGGCAGGGGCCUCGGAAGGGCGCGGCGGCGUGGCACCGGUGGGUCGAGAUCGCCGGGCAGGUGUUUUUCUGGACCUGGUUCGGGUACGGGGUGUUGUACAAGAGCAUCGACAGCAACUGGUCGCGCUUCGUCUAUGUCAUGGUCAGCCACAUGGUGACGACGCCGCUGCACGUGCAGAUCACUCUCUCGCACUUUGCCAUGAGCACGGCCGACCUGGGUGUCGGCGAGUCGUUCCCGCAGCGCAUGCUGCGCACCACCAUGGACGUCGACUGCCCGCCCUGGCUCGACUUUGUGCACGGCGGGCUGCAGUUCCAAGCCAUCCACCACCUGUUCCCCCGCAUCCCCCGGCACAACCUGCGCAGGACGCAGCGGCUGGUGCAGGAGUUUUGCGACGAGGUGGGUAUCCCCUACGCCCUGUACGGCUUUGUCGACGGCAACAAGCAUGUUGUUGGCCGCCUCGCCGACGUCUCGAGGCAGGCGGCCAUCUUGGCAAAGUGUCAGAGCGUGUUGGCUGGGGCUGGGACUGGGCAUGGGCAUCACCACUGAGCUUACACGUACUACACUAACGUUAGUGUACUACUGUAAAGUUUGUGGUGUUGGAAGAGGUACUGAUCUUAGGUUGGAGGAUUUGGUUAAUCACAAUGUGCUGUUUUUCUUUUUUUGGCCUGUGCUAUUACACUGCGUCUCGUCUCGUGUGAAGGCAUCUCCCCCCAGGCCCUUCGGGCUGUCUGCUCCGGAUCGUGGCAGAGAUCCUGUCACCGCCAUUC